UGUCGUGGCUGUGGCGGCAAAUCUAGACCUCGCUACAAUUAAAUAAAAUCAAUAACGACAUUUACGAGACUUCGAAUCAACCGAAUAUAAUCUCAAAAUGAUUAAUUUCUCGAAACGGCACGUUAAGGACACCUGCUGGUCACAAUGAAAAACUUCACUCAAAAUUCAGUUGGCGGCAGUAAAGCAGCGCAUUAAACCAGGGAUGAAGAAGAAGCCGUCACGUGACUGAAGUGUUUGUUCACGUGAUCAGCUGUGAGAGAGUCAGAUGGAGCUCAACUCUCAAACACACUGCAGACAGAGCCAGGAAAAAGAAGUUUGCCCGCAGCCACCAAUAUCAAGAAAAAAAAAAGUUGCAAGGUGUGGCAGCCAGCGUUUCUCAUCCUUGAUCUUAUGCGAAUAGCAUCGGUUUCACACAAUAAACACUGGUGGACCAGGUGAUGUAUCGGGUGAUCUCUGCAUCCAACCUCACUAAAUCCCAGCAGACGGUAAUUCAAAACUCUUUCAGUAAUGGAGACAGUCCUGCUGGAGAAGAUACUGCAGCUGACCCUGCACGCACACAAACAGCAGGUCAAUACUACGUGAUGAUGACUCCUUCAGACGUGCUGCGUUCCGCCUCUCAGCGGACCUUAGCUCCACGCGCGCACACGUACACUGUAGGUCAUCACGAUGCACAAGAGUAUGAAGGUCUAAACUGGAGAAUGGCCAGCCUGCGCACUCCUAGAGACGAGAGGAGAAGAGCACAACAUAAUGAAGUCGAAAGGCGACGGCGAGACAAAAUCAACAACUGGAUUGUGGCACUCUCCAAAAUCAUCCCAGACUGCAGCGUAGACGGCACCAAGGCUGGAGAGCGUUUCUUGUUCCUCCAGAGUAAAGGUGGGAUCCUGUCAAAGGCGUGUGAUUACAUUGGCGAGCUGAAGCACCGUAACCAGCGGCUGCAGGAGAGUUUGAGAGCAGCGCAGAGAGCCCAGAUGGACAAUGAGCUGCUCAGACGGCAGCUGGAGGAGCUGAAGAGCGAGAACAGCCUCCUGCGAGCGCUGCUGGAGCAUCACGGCGUUGACACAGUGAGCCUCAGACAUUCUGGGAAAGAGAUUCUGGCCAAUCCAGACGACAAAAGGCCCUCAGAGAAUGACGCGGGACUGAAGUGCACCGAAUGACAUUCGCUGGCUUGGGCUCGAGAGUCUGCAUCCUCUUCAGCGCUGAUGUCUGACACCGUCCGGCUUGAACAGAUGAGGUCAAAGGUCAAGAAGUUUCCAUUAACACCAGGGUCCCGUGACUAUUCAUGCUUCCUAACUAAACAGUGGAAUAUACCGAGACGGCUUCCGCUACGUGUUUUUAGUUUUACCCGCUCUAUAAUACACCCCAGACGUUUCUCCUAAUUUUCCAGCUUUGUUGCUUUCAAUUUUGCCUUCAUGCUUUACUUGAAGUAUUAGUUGUUUGUUCAAUGCCUCGUUUAAUUUAAAAUUCUCCCGGAGAAAAUCUGCCGCUUUGUGGCGUUUCGGGAAGGUCGUUACGGGAUGAAUGAAGCCGUGAUGAAAUGUCAUUAGCGGUUCCGGUGAAAUUUAGUGUUAAAAUCUGAACAAAAGCACCUGCGCUGAAAGAAAGCUCUGAUGCCAGAAAAUGAGCUCCGUCUGGGAUUAUUAGCUUCUUAUCUCGGAUCGCCUCUGGAAGACAGUUCGGAAAGCAUCGCCUAAUCUAAGAAGCAAAUGAGAAAAUAUCCACAAAGCCUUGUAGCUAAAUGCUGGACACCUCAGGACUGAAGAAUUGUUUGUUAUUGUGCGUUAGAGGAUUAUUCUGUUACUUUCAUCUAAUCAGCGGCUCUAAAAGACCUGAAAAUGAAAUGGCCUGUCUGGCUUGCUAAGUAGGGCUAUUUGCAAUCCUCAAAAGUUACAAUUUUGUUAUAGGUUUACUCGCUAAGUGCCUGAACAUUUUGUGCCGUAUUCGUAUAAAUGCAAUUAACAGAAUGGUUUUGUUGCAGGCUGUUAUUCACCGAUUAGCCAUCGCUCUCAAUAUCCAUUCAGUUUUCCAUAUUUGAUUUACAAAGCGAUAUUAAAUAUUUUAAUUUAAUUUAAUUUUUAUUUUAUUUUAUUUUAUUUUUUCCUGUUGGAUGUAGCGCAUCUCCGUUUUACUCUCGGUUCAAUUUAAUUUCAAUAAAAUAGUUUUAUUUAAUUUUAUUUAAAAUUACGUGCAUGCAAAAACAAGAUAAUUUAAAGAAAUGUGAUUUUUUUUUAAUUUUUUUUUUUCAAAAGACCUGACAAACGUUCAUUGGUAAGCCCAUUUUGCAAUUCACAGAUAUUACAUUUCUUCAUUUUAUCCUCCGUUUACGUUUCGUACUGCAAUCAUAUAAACAUCUGCUUUUUAUUUUCAGGAGCUGUUGUUUGGACUGUGUUUACGAUGCUUGGCAGAUUAUGGCUGAACGGUAAAAUGACUCGACGACAUACGGACAUCAUUUAUUCUCAACCAUCUCGGCGUCUCCAGGGAUUCUUCACUCAUUAUAAUUCUCCUCAUCAUUCAUCAUUGUUCACACCUUGCUUAGGAAAUGACCCUCAACUAUCGGAGAACGGCACGUGACGCCAGACACAGCAGGAGAAUGGCCAGCCUGCGCACUCCUAGAGACGAGAGGAGAAGAGCACAACAUAAUGAAGUUGAUGUUGUCUAUGCAGCCGUACACCAACCAGACCAGCAGAAACCAUCUAAGACCAUCAGACCGUCUUCACCCGCUUUCACUACAACAGGUUUUCGGGCGUCACGUUUUGGUGGUGUUUUGGGAAAGUGUGAGUGGAUGGGCUCUUGACAGAAGCGGGAAGCGCAGGUAAGAGACGAGGAGAGGGGUCAUUGGCCCGGGGACGGCUGUGGCGCCUGUCGGGUCUGCGUCUGUUUGAGCAGAAGAUCCCGGCUGAUAGCGCUGGCGUCGGGAAAUAUUACAAACACCAGCUUUUGAGGGAUGAUGCAAACGAAUCAUGAAUCAGGCUUUCGAAAGAGUCAAUUAAUCAGGCAUGAAAAAACUAAUACAACUAAUACAACUGAUAAAGUAAUAUAACUAAUGACUCAAACACGCCAGUAAUGAUCAAAAACAGAAUUUACAAAAAAAUAAAUAAAAAUAAACCCGAAACACAGAUAAAUAAUCAUUUGAACACGCACGGUUAAAAAUAACUAAAGCGCACCACUUUUACAACAGAAGAUAUCUGAACGUAUAAAAACGUAUACUAAUUGAAAAAUACUUUUUAAUAUGUAUUUUAUUAAAUAUUCAUAUAGAAUUUUUCUUCCAUAAAAAAAAUCUGUAUUAAAAUAUUAGUAUAAAAAUGACUGAAUAAACUACUAAAU